AUGUUGUCCCGUGUAUCUGCUCGUUCUUAUAGUUCUGCUGCUCAAUCUAUCAAAUUAACCGCUAGAGAAGCCCCAGGUAACUUAUCAACAUUGUCAGUUGUUGUUAACAACGCAGGUUCUAAAGCUGGCAAAUCAGGUGUAGCCCAUUUGUUAUCCAAAUAUAACUUUUUAAAUACUGAAAGUAAAUCGGCUUUGAGAUUUACCAGAGAAAGUGAAUUGUUAGGAAGUAUCGUUUCAUCGGAUGUUACCAGAGAUUCGAUUGUUUUGAAGACUCAAUUUUUAAAGCAAGAUUUACCAUACUUUGUUGAAGCUUUAGGUAAUGUAUUGACCAAAACCUCAUUCAGAGACCACGAACUCCCAGAAACCGUUUUACCAGCUGCCAAGGCACAAUUUGCCGAAGCACAAGCUUCUAAUGCAUUCAAGGCUUUCGAAUCUUUACACGAAAUUUCCUUCAGAAAGGGUUUAGGUAACCCAUUAUACUACGAUGGUACCAGCCCAGUUUCCGUUGAAGAUAUCAAGCAAUUUGCAUCCGAAGCUUACAAUGCUUCCAACGUGUCCGUUUUCGCUUCUGGUGUCAACGAAGGUGACUUGAAGCAAUUUAUUGGCGAAUCAGCAUUCUCUGCCUUGCCAGCCGGUGCUUCUAAGUCCACUCCAGUUGAGCUCCACAACGGAAAGGAAUCCAGAAUCAGAGCUGCUGGUGGUUCUGUUGCUUUAAUUGGUGUUCCAAUCAAGGCCGCCGACUUUGCUAAAUACGAAGUCUUAUCUGCUGCUAUUGGCUCUUCAUACUUACCAGGCUCAUCUGCCCCAUUAUCUCAAAUCCAAGGUGCCACCUCCAAGGUCCUCAAAUACCAAGAUGCCGGUUUAUUUGUUGUUUGUGUCUGUAAUUCUGAUGCGGCUGUUGUUUCCCAAGGUGUUAAGGCUGCUAAGAAGGCUAUUGACUCAGUCUCUGCAUCUGACUUAUCCAACGCUACCAAGGGUGCUGAAUUAUCUAUCGCCUUACAAUCUCGUUUCGAAUCCCCAUUAAAUGUCAAGAUCGAUUCCUCUACUAAAGCUCCUAAAUUAGGUGAAUUCAACUACGUUGCUGUUGGUAAUGUUGACUUCUUACCAUACGCCAACGAAUUAUAA